UUGCAGCUAUACAUGAAGGGAGCUCACAACGAUGACGAUGAAGAUGAAGAUGUUGGAAUUCAAUUCCAACGACAUGAAUCCUGAAGAAGGGUUCAUCCAAAUUGAAUCAAUGAGUCACCAAAUUGUUAUGGAGCCCCCGUGCUUGUGUGGGCUCCUUUUUGCACAGCACUUUCUGCCAAAGACCAUGAUCCAUAGUCACAUAGACAUGACUGACACGGACUUAGCUGGAUCGCGACAAGUGUUGAAAGAAAGUGGAUCUUUUAGGGUAAUUUUUUGGGAUGCCAUUGGUGAAAAAUACAACUGGAAAAUAUCUUGUAUCUCUAUUUUUGUGGUUGUCUCACCGCCUUUAUGUACCUAAAAAGGGAUUCUAUGUACAAGUAGUGAUUAC